AUGGCACUAAGCGAUACACCAACAAUGCCCCAGCUGGGACCCUCGAGGCGCUUGUGGCCGUUGUUUCUAGCCUUUUUUGCAUUCUCUUCGCUCUACGUGUUUUUGACGAUCCUGUACAACCUGUUUUUCCAUCCUCUUCGUCGAUAUCCCGGCCCUUUUCUUGCUCGCAUUUCUUGGCUAUGGAGUCGCAUUCGCAAUUUCCACGGAUGCAAGUCGGAACGUAUUCACGCCGCCCACGAAAGAUACGGACCUAUCGUUCGAAUCGGACCAAAUGAGCUCUCAUUUGCAAAUCCAGCGGCCGUCCGCGACAUAUACAACUCGAAGAGCUUUGUGAAAGAGGAGACUUUCUACCGAGCCAAGAGAAUCUUUCACGAGGAUCAUAUGUUCAGUUUCAGGAAUGUCGAGGCCCAUAAUCAACGGCGGAAGUUGUUGGCCCGUGGCUUCUCCCAGGUCGCCAUCAAUCAGUUCGAAACCAACCUCGUUUCCAAGAUCCAAACGCUCUUGGAUCAGUGGGAACGGCUGAGUCGCUCGACUGACGAGCCCAUAAAUGUGUACCCAUGGGUGCAUUGGCUAGGAUUCGACACCGUGUAUCAUCUGAUGUUCGACGAAGAUCCCGGGUCGGUCAAAAAAGGCAUAGCCGACCCUAUCAUGAAAUAUCUCCACGCAUGGCGCCCGACAUUUAUCUACAAAGAGUUUAUGCCACAGCUGGAACAGUGGGGACCAUAUGUGCCGGGGGAAGUGGGUGGGUAUUUUCGAGAUGUGCAGACAUGGAAAAAGGUUGCUAUGAAUAUUGUCGGCAAAGUUCGUGUCAACGGGGCCAAGACCCCCUUUCUCAGCAACGUUCUCAACGACCAGGAUGCUUACUUAGGACGACCCCUGAACGACUCAGAACUAGCAGAGGAGUGUAUGGGUGGCAUGUUUGGAGGCAGCGGGAGCACGGCGAACACCUUUGUCUACGUUCUUUGGGGCUGUCUUCGCAACCCGGACGUCGUUCGCAAGCUGAAACAGGAACUGACGACGGCAUUCCCGGAUCGGUCUGUGGUUCCCGACAAUUUGACCUGCAGCGGUCUUACCUACCUUCAGGCCGCGAUCAAGGAAACACUCCGCCGGUAUCCCGCCGUCAUCGCUACACUGCCGCGCACAGCCGUCGAGGACGUCGUAGUGGCUGGCCAUGCUCUACCGAAAGGAACAAUUGUUGGCACCCAAAACUACACCCUCCACCGGUGGACAUCAGCAUUCCCGGAUGCGGAGAACUUCGAUCCGGACCGAUGGUUUUCUAAGAAGAGUGACGAGGAGCGUAAGCUGGCGUUCACUCCUUUCUCCGUCGGACCGAGGAGGUGUAUUGGAAUGAAUCUGGCAGAGAUGGAACUCAACUUGCUCACGGCUUCUUUCUUCUUGCGCUUUGACGCCGCGAUCGAUCCUUCCAUGACGGAGGAGGAUAUGCGGCAGUACGAUACUUUCAACGCUGGUCCAACGGGGGCUAAACUGCUGUUGCACUUGAAAACGGUUGAAGAAUAG